AUGAAUUUUGGCUCAGACAACAUCUCAGGUAUUCAUCCAAAGAUCCUUGAAGCCAUUGUAGAGGGAAAUAAAGGCACAGAUAACUCAUAUGGAGGCGAUGCUUCAACAGCAGCUUUAAAAGAGAAAUUAAAAGAAGUUUUUGAACAUGAUCUUGUCUAUUAUUUCGCAUCAACUGGAACAGCAGCCAAUUGCUUAGCAUUAUCAGCUUUGUGCCCUCCUUAUGGAACAAUUCUUUGUUCAGAUUCAGCUCAUAUUCUUACAGAUGAAUGCACAGCUCCAUAUUUCUUUACUGGUGGCGCACGCCUUAUGCAUAGAUCAAAAUCUCCUUCCAAGUUUGAUCCGAAACUCAUAUCAGAAACCAUCAAUUUCUCAAAUUAUUUACGUCCUCAUGCAGGAAAACCAGUAGUUGUUUCAAUUGCGCAGACAACAGAACUUGGCCAAGUAUACACACUUGAAGAAAUCAAAGAGAUAUGCGAUGAGGCACACAAGUACGGUCUCAAAGUCCAUAUGGAUGGCGCAAGAUUUGCUAAUGCAUUAGUAAACCUCAACUGCACACCAGCCGAAAUGUCAUGGAAAGCUGGUGUAGAUGUUCUUACAUUUGGUGCCACAAAGAAUGGCGGACUUCAUGGUGAAUUAAUUAUUUUCUUCAACCCAAGUGAUGCUGAGAACUUCGAUUUCAUCCAUAAACGUUCUGGCCAACUUAUGUCUAAGACAAGAUUCUUUGCCAUGCAAAUGCUUGCAUAUUUGAAGGAUGAUCUUUGGCUAGAACUUGCAAGACAUUCAAAUGCAAUGGCUAAGCGUUUAGCUGAUGGUGUCAAGGAUGUUCCAUGCAUUAAACCAUGGUUACCUCUCAAGACAAAUGAAUUCUUCAUUGUUCUUCCAAAAGAAUUGGCUGAGAAAUUGUACAAGGCAGGCGCUCACUUCUAUGAAUGGGAGGGUAAUCUCUCAUUAUAUCGCUGGGUCACAUCUUGGCAGACAACAGAAAAAGAAGUUGAUGACUUUGUUGCUCUCAUCAAAAGUUUGCUUUAA